CUCACACGGAUCACCAACCCCUGCCGCCGCCUCCUAUCCUCCGCCUCCGUCCCUACUUAAAUGAAGCGUCCGCACCACAGUUUCCACCAAAGUCCCCUGCCUGGCUGCUCCCUCCUCCAAGCUCCUACUCGCACGCACCACCAGGCAGCAACCCAGGCCAGCCACAGCCACCCCCUCUCGCGAGCGAUCCAGCCCGUUCCAUCGUCCAUGGAGGCGGAGGCGUUCCCGAUACGGUUCACGCGGGGCGUGCGCGCCUACUGGCGCCGGCGCAAGUACCACCGCCUGGUGGAGGCCGCGGACGGCGGCAAGGCCACGCGGCAGCUGGGCGCGCCGCGGCGCGGCGGCGGGUGGGGCGCCGUGCGGCGGCUGCGCGUGCGCGUGCGCGUGGCCCUGGCCGCGCCGCGGCGCGCGCUGGCGCGGGCGCGGGACGCGUACGUGGGCGCCAUGCUGGCGCUGGCCAGGCGGGCGUCCGCGCUCGCGCUGCCUGGCGGCGCCAGGCGCCCGAAGCAGCUGCCGGCGCCGCGGGGCGACGGCGCGCCCACCGAGUUCGAGCAGCGGCUCAUCCUCGAGAUCUACAAGUCCAUCGUCGCGUCCAAGGAGCUCACCACCAUGCUCCACGCCUCCGCCGCGCACCUGCCGCCGGCGGCGGCUGGCGCGCCGAUGCCCGCCAAGCACCUGCUCGACAUGUGAUGCGAGCUCGCCGGAGAAAGACAUGCACGCGCUGCUGCCCCGAUCGGAAGCGGAGCUGUGUACGCUCUUCCUCCCCUUAGCUCGUAGCGAGAGUGAGAAUCUGUGAGCGCCGUUAAUUAUGAUGUGCAUCCAGUAACACCGUCCUUGCCCUGUGAAUUAUAGACAGAAUUUAGAGCCGUCGCAUGGUUCCUCUCUGGGUGCAUGCGACCAAAGCUAGCCGCCCUGCUGCGAAAGACGCAGCGUGCAAAGUGUAAAUUCUAAAGAAAUUCCGCAGAGCAAAUCCGUGGUUUGGUUUUGUAUGUAUGGUUCAGAGAUCAUUCAGCAUCGUUUUUUUUAAGAAAGAAAGAUUAUUCAGCAA